UCGUAGCAGCAAUAUUUUCAGAUAUUGGCCCAAAUUUUCACAUCUGUGCAUCCCCAGAUAUUUAAAUUUGAAUUAUGUAUUGAUAGAAUGUGAUGCUUGCUCAGAUCAAAACAAACAUGGUCAAAAAAAUACCUUAAGUCAUUUGUUGAAGCUGGUUAGGCUUAGCCAAGUUUAUGGGCAGUAUGAAACAUUUCGUGGCAAGCAGCUUCAUUCCAUUCCAGACUUUUUAGAUCAAGAAAGAUUAAACAAUAAAAAUGGGAGAAAGGACUUCCAACUUGUAAAUUAACACACAGUCAAUUAAUUCAAUUGUCUACUAACGUGGGGGGAAGAUGGUGAGUCAUAUCUUUCAUUUUAGCUGUUAAUUAUAUGUUAAUAUCUGUUAAUUAUAUCACCAGUUACCUAAUGUAAAGACAUGAACCAAAUACAGCUCCAUGUCAAAGAGCUCUCUCGCUGUUUAAGGUGGCACAACAUCUCGCGUGCAGUUCACGUUCGUACGACACAAAAGAAUACAUCAGACUAUAACUUACCAGCGUAAUUUGUGAGCAUUGCUAUCCUCUACAACAGCGCCCCCCGUGGCUAAGUGUCUCCCCCUCCCAACUACAGUACAAUCAAACUGAUGUCGAAGGGUUCUGGCCAACAGACCACGCCCAUACGGCAAGCUUCGACAUCCCAUCUUGAAUAUCUUCAAUAUACACACAAACACAGUUGUUAUCAAAAUAUAUGAUUCUUUAACAUGCAGUGUGAUUUGCAAGCAGCUAUGCGGUCUUCUUGGUUCCAUCCUUCACGGUCCAUUUGUCCGGUUCGGGUCUGUAAGGGAGAUAACAGAGUCGAGGCAAAUAACUGCCCCCCCCCCAUGCUCCUAAUCUCCAUCUGCGGCCGCCAUGACGGGAUGACGGUGUUUAAACCCGGCGCAAACAACAUGGCGGAGGCUAACCACAAGACUCAGACAACAUAUUAAAUACAGAACAUCAACAGACCGAGGAGAUGCCCACAUCUCAAAGACGAAGACUAUUAAAUUAAAUGUGUUCACACAACCUACUGUUAAAAGAACUGUCAAAUAUCAAACCACGGAAACAAUAAAGAAAGCACUAUAAUAUGAACAAAUAACCCGUUACAAUCCAGAUGAGUGAUGCUUCCGUCGCAAUUUCUUUAAGCUUUACUUCUGUUCACAGAAGAAAAUAUGGAUCCAGAUGCCUGCUCGUACUGAUUUGAGAGAGCUCACCCUCGAGCCUCGAGUAGCUAGUGACAUGUGAACCCCGAGAGGAAGGCGUCAGAAGGAGAGCAGAACCGCCCUGGGGUCUCUUCCUGUGGGUAUCCAGCGUCAAAUCCUGUACUUCUCCGUUGUUUGCGUAGCACGAACACGUUUCACCCAGGUGGCUUUUGUAAGAUGGCGUCUGAGUCUGCGCAGUUCCGGAAGAAGAGGACGGUGAUGUUGGUGACGUAACAAAAAAAAAAAAGCGUGUUAUGUUUUUUUUUUUUUUUGAACAGUGAAUGGUCCUCAUGUGCACGCCAGACCGAUGGAGUUAUCGACGACAAGGACGGAUUUGAUGUGGCAUCAGGACACACUCCGUGUGUUCCUAUAGGCAGAAGGAUGCCAUCUUGAAAUAUUAUGCCGAGAAGUGGGAUCCUUCAGGGGUCGGUUCAUGGCCUCUUCGAAGACUCGUCAAGGUAUGGUGAUCCUGAAGGAAGGGGCGACUGCCCCUGCAGCAGCUCCAAUGGCUGAUCAUUCAUCUGCAUGCCUUGUCGCUGUGAGAGCAGGAAAGGUGCAAAGCAGUGGGACUGUCCAGGGCGUCUGUGUGUCCACUGGUGAAGCAAAUAUUAGCGGGAAACACAAGAUGUACCCAGCCAAGGAGGCCAUCAUGAAGAUGGGUGAACUCAAGCAUCCCGCCUGUAUAAACUCUCCUUCUGAUGUCCUGUCACCUGACUGUGUCUGUAAAGAUGUCAAAGUGACACUAGACAACAACGUCAUGUGGAAUGAGUUCUAUAAAUGUAGAACAGAAAUGAUUCUGACCAAGCAAGGCAGCAGAAUGUUCCCUUAUUGCCGCUUCCGUGUAACUGGCUUGCAGUCAUCGAGGAAGUACUCACUGGUCAUGGACGUUGAGCCUUUAGACAACAGUCAGUACAGGUGGACGGGUGAGAGCUGGCAAGUUUGCCGAAAAGCAGAGCGUCACGUGAGGAGUAAGCCUUUCGUUCAUCCAGACUCCCCAGCAACAGGUCAGCACUGGAUGCAGAGUCCAGUGUCCUUUUACAGACUGAAACUCACAAACAACACCUCAGACCAGGAGGGGAACAUUAUCCUGCAUCCGAUGCACCGCUAUUUACCGCAACUGCAUGUGGUCCAGGCAGACAAAGCCAUAGAAGACUUUAGACUGAACGGUCCCAAUGUUCUCACUUUCACUUUCCCCCAGACUGAGUUUAUAACAGUCACCACAUACCAAAACCCCCAGUUUACCCAACUGAAGGUGAACUACAAUCCGUUUGUUAAAAAACUGAAGGAGGACCGGGUCAAUACAUGUGGCUUAAGACUCAAAGGAAACGCAGGCAAAGAUUCGAAUAGUUACGAAGGUAAGACGAACACUGAGCAGCAUCCCGUGAAGAAGAGCUUAAAGAUUUUGUUAGCGAAUCACAAACCCAGAAAUUCAAAAGCAUUGGACGUGAAACUUCCACCUCCAAAAGAGCCUCAGGAAAAAUCCACAAUGAGCAACACCCAGCCAGCCGCCACCACUCCAGUGGAAAGUCCCAGCAGCAGUUCACGUCCAGUUCCGAAGUUAAUUUCUGAGCUAAUUUGUGAGGCUCAUGUCUCACUGCAGAGAUGUCACAAAGAGCAACUUUGCAGCAACAACAGCAACUCCUCCGGAGCAGCACAAGGCAACACUACGUCCACAACUUUGACAGACAGACUAACUAAACCGGAUAUUGCUCAUAAGAAAAACGGAUCUGUCGCUACAUUCACCAGGAAAAGUUCAACUGUUGAAAAAAACAGAAAUAUCAAAGACAACGAACAUCUGUCUAACUCUAACUCUAUUGCCGAUGUCAGAACAGUUUGCUCCUCUGCUUCUCCUAUAGAAGAGGAGGGCUCCUUGAACAAAUCACACCAACAAUGUAACGUAGGUGCCGAGUUGGAUGGUGUGAAGCAACAGAAACGACCAGCUCGACUGCCCCUACCAGCACUUGCACUUUUUUUAAAGCAACAUUCAACAAAAUCUAAGAAGGCAAACAACACACCGGAGUCUGCUCCUCAGGCACCUCUGCCUGAGUCCUGUUGUUCUCCGAGUCCUGCCGCAGCGCCUCAUCAGGAAACCAGCAUCAAACCCAUCAUGGAGGACUGUGGAGGAAACCGUCUUCUGCCAGAUGAAAAGCUUUUAAAUGUUACUGAACAGGCAGCUGAAACGAAUCCCUCCCACCCAUCUGGUCCAGACCUUUUCACUGCUUCAGAUGUAGCCGUUCCAGAUACAAAAGCUAAAGAUCCCUUCAUCACUAUUUCUGAGUGUUUAAGCUCAGAAUCGACAACCCCUGACCAUAAAGCAUUGAUAUCCAACUCUGAGAAUACAUUCGACUCGCUUGAGAUGUCUGCACUCACCCUGUCCUCAUCUUCUACCUCUGGAUCACCUGAUUUGUCCUUGCAUCUCAGUACGGCGUUGUCUCUCCCAGACUCCCCCAAAGCAGCAGCAGAGUCCUCCACACUACCUUCAGGCUCCCGCUCCUUGAAGAUCGACUCUCUGCUUCCAGACCCUCAGUGUUCCUCGUUCGACUUUGACCCUUUGUCGCCAGCGAGCUCCCCAGAACCUUUACCUCCUCUUCCAGCCUCAUUAGCUUUAGAACUUGACUCUGCAACAUCUGCUGCAGCGAGUACUCCGGACCUCCAACACUGCAGAAACUCAUCAGUCUUUAAGUGGCAUACAGUGUUACCUCUGUCUGGGACAUAUGCAAACCCAUCUUUCACAACAUUACAGCCCCAGCAGCAGUCGACUCCUGUAAUGUCGGUCACUUCGCCCUUGUUGUCCUGUCUUCCUGAGCCACAGAGUGUUAUAUCUUCAACGCAGACCACUCCAAAAGACUCCAUUCCAUCAUUUCAAGACAGCGAACAGUCUCUGCCUUUCCCCGCAGAGUUGUCCCCCCUUGCUCUCCAGCUCCCGCUAUCUCCAACCUUCUCUUCACUGGACGAAGACGGCUUGUCGCCCACAACUUCCAUCGCAGAGCUGGUGCACUUUUUCUCCAUCGACGAUGACAUCGGGGUGGAGUUUUCCAACACGGACACGGCUGCCGUGACCAGCCAACCUUUGCCAGUUUUGGAACCGCCGCGGCCAUCUGUGCCGGUCCUGCCAGUCUCAAGCACCAAGCCCUGCAAGAGAAAGAAGUCAACAAAGCUGGCCAGGUUGGAGUUGGGUCAGGCUGGGAACGAGUACAGGAGUAAGCAGCCCAAAGUUGAAGAGGUUGAGGAGCAGCUUUUUGUCUCUUUCACAUCAAAGGAGGCCCUAAAACUCCAUACAGCUGAGUCAUCUGAAGAGCUGCUCCCUGACCCUGAGCUGACCCCUGACCCCAAACCUGAUGAAGAGGCGGACGACAGCAGCAGCAGCAGCAGGGAGAGUCUGGAGGAGACAAUCGCGGUUCAUGAGGAAACUCUUCUUCGAGACUUAAAGCUUAUGAAACACAGGCAGGUCAUCCACCCUGUGCUGCAGGAAGUUGGUCUUAAGAUGACCCUCCUGGAUCCGGCGCUGUCCAUUGACCUGCAGUACCUGGGAGUCUCUCUUCCCAUCCCCCUUCCUGGAGUCGUUACGGAGCCACUGACCCAGACGACCCCAACCUCUCAGGGGGUUUUUGCUUCAUUUCAGUCCAGAACUGGAAAAACUACAGAUCUGACCCAGAUUAAAGGCUGGAAAGAGAAGUUUACCUCGUCAGAGGUCGAAUCAGCCUCUGCUCCAAAACCUGAAGCUGGCCCCAGUGCCGACCUGCCAAAGAAGAACCUGUCUGCGUUCUGCAGCGACAUGCUGGACGAGUAUCUGGAAUCGGAGGGGAAGCUGAUCGACGAGCGCGCCUCCAGUUUCUCCCAGCCACCAGCGGAGGCGCCGUCCUACCGGCUCCCUGUGAGCAGCACCAGCUAUGUCCGGACUCUGGACCACAUCCUGAAGAAGCCCUCAGCCGGCUCGCCAGCCUCGGACAUCAUAUCCGGGUUCAUCCCGCCUUCGAAGAGAUCACGACUCAAAGAGAGCGCGGCCUGCCGGAGGGCAGAGAGGAAACCCAGAGGUCCCAAACCGAACAGAAUCAAAGCUGCUUGUACUGCUUCGGACUUUCCAACAGCUGUACAGUUGCAGUACUCCGUGCCCGGUUCUCUGACCUCAGAACCUCUGAAUGGACCUGCUUUUACAAAGAGGAGGAGGCUGAAACCCAGAGCGUCCUCUCAGACCCUCAGUGUGUCCACGGCCCUCAACGUGUCUGAGGAGAUGGCUCCGCUUGAGUCCGACUCUGAGCUCAAACCAGACUCUGUGAGGAAGCAGCCGUCUGAUCACUCUGUGGAUGGCCAGAGAAAGGAGAGCAGAGUCACAGUGACCCGGACCUACGCCAGGCUCAAGGAACUGGAGGACAGUGUGGUUCUGGAGGGCCGCUUCCAAACCAGCAUCUCCACAGAGAGGGCCACCAUCGCUCUGAUGUCCCUCUUCACCCAAACUGGUUUUGUGAGAGAAAACCCGACGUCGCCGAUCAAGCUAAGGCAGAGACAAGCUGUGGCCUGUCUGAACGAGUUCUGCAGGCUGGGAUGCGUCUGCUCCAGUUUGUCUCACUGUUCCAGGAUCAGCCACUGUGGCCGGCCGCUCUGCAUGUUCGGCUGCAGCUGCCUUAAGCAGAAGAUGGUUCUGCUCAAGAACCUGGAUAGCUCUGACGCCAGCCCCUCCCCCCUGCAAUGCAAACUCAAGAAGAAGAGGAGAAGGAUGAUGAAGAUGGCCUAUGUCCUGAAAGAGGCAGAGACCGUGGCCCACCCUGCGGAGCGGGUCCGGACCCUGUGGAGGAAGGACGCCGACUCCUCUGAUCCAGAGCCAGUCCAUGCGCCGGAUGUGGCCCCCUUCCUCCAGCCACCUUCUGUCCAGGUGAGAAGGAAAUAUCGCAGCAGCUGUGCCAGAGUUCGAAGUUACAUCAGGAAGACGCAGAAACAGAAGGAGGAAGAAUCCAAAGCACUGAUAUCAUCCAAGGAUAAAACUGCAGGACUGAAAGUCCACAAACAUGGAGAACAAGGCCCUACACAGACUAAUGUUACCACACCCAGACCUCCUUCUGCAGCAGAUGCAGACAAAUCACCCAGCGCUAGUCCUCCAGGUUCUUCAGAAGCACUCUGUUCUAAACCAUCCAAACGCCUCAUGAUCCUGGCCGACUGCAAGUGGGUGAACGACAGCGACCGCAGCUACGUGUUGAAGAAGCUAUGUGAGGCGAUGGCUCAGGAUCAACUGGACAAACCUUUCUGGAUCAAAAACUACCUCAUCACUCCAAUCGACGAGACGGUGGAUGAAACUAGCGGAAACAGGUGCAUCGAGUAUAAGGUCCAGAUCUCAACACCCAUUCUGGACAGGAAAAAGGCACCAGCCAAAAAACCAGUGACUCGUGGAAAGAAACGAGGGAUCAAACCAGCAGCUCAACACAGACAGGACAACCGCUCUGGUUUGAUUUCAAAAAAUGAGAAGGCUCCUAAACGCUCGAAGAAUAUGAUGAAUCAGUCUUUCACAGACUCUGUGUCGGUAGAGUCUGUGGAAGACUGGCAGAAGGAGGUGAUGGAGGAGGAGCCCAUGGAGGAAUGGCAGAAGGAAGUGAUGAAAGAGGAGGAGGAAGAGCUCAUGGAGGACUGCCAGAUGGAAGUGAUGGUGAAGGACAAGCCCAUGGAAGACUGGCAGAAGAAGGUAAAGGUGAAAAUGGAUCCUUUGGAGCAAUGCCAGAAAGAGGUGAUGGAGAAGACAGAGCUUAUGAAGGACUGGCAGAAGAAGUUAAAGGUGGAAGUGGAGGCUAUGGAAGACUUUCAGAAAGAGGUGACACCUACGAAGAACCAUCUAAACGAGGUGGAGACCAUAAAGGGGUUCCAAAAAGAGGCGGAGUCUACAAAGGACUUCCAAAAGAAGGCGGAGUCUACAAAGGACUUCCAAAAGAAGGCGGAGUCUACAAAGGACUUCCAAAAGAAGGCGGAGUCUACAAAGGACUUCCAAAAGAAGGCGGAGUCUACAAAGGACUUCCAAAAGAAGGCGGAGUCUAUAAAGGACUUCGGAAAGAAGGCAGAGUCUAAGAAGGACUUCCGAAAGAAGGCGGAGUCUAUAAAGGACUUCCAAAAGGAGGUGGUGUAUAUAGAUGAAUGCCAGAAAGAAGGAAGGGAAGAUUAUAUGGAGAAGAAUGGAGAAGGCUUCAGACGUUAUAAAGCCAGGCAUGAGCUGAAAAGAAGCACAGAAGGAUUAAAUUCACAUAAGAAGAGGAGGACUGGCAUGUCUCUGCCUUUCCCUUUACUGGUGGGACUAUCACCUUCCGGCUUUCUCUCAGCCAAUAAGAAAAAGCCAGGAGGACCAGAUGAUGUAAUACAGGUCAAUGGGAAGCAAUACCCUUUAGCAAAGAUCAAGUUGGGCAGGAUGGGGGCGCUUCAUCCAGCCAAUCGUCUGGCAGCUUAUCUAACAGGCAGAGUGGGGUCUACGAAGCAGCGACAAUCUUCUUCAUCGUCCGAGCCGUCUUGCAAUCUUCAGAGUAUCCCCCACGUCACAUCUUCAGUUUACUGUGUCCCACCUGCUCCUGCAGCCUCCACUGUUGCCCCAGCCAUGGUCCAGUCACAGCCACCAACCACUCAGCCCACUCUUGCCACCCCUUCUUCAGACUCUGAGCCACAGAACGUAGUUGUUGGACCUCCAAACCCACCUCAGAACUCGACCCCUCCUCAGCCGCUGCUGAUUCAGGUUCCAAACCCUCCUAAUGUGGCUGCUCCUUUGCUGCCGCCCCGGAUCACUCAGUUCCCGGCUCAAAGGAUGGUCCUGAAGCCUGUCCGGUCAUCAGCGGGUGUCCAGUAUUACCGAAAACCUGACGGAACCUUGGUCCAGCUGAUUCCCACCAGCCAGCUGAGGCCUGGUAAUCCAUCAGCAACCAUUCAUGGAGGAAACUCCGAGCCACAAAACUUGGUUGGUGGACCUCCAAACCCACCUCAGAACUUGACGACACCUACGGACCCCCAGCCGCUGCUGAUUCAGCUUCCAAAUCCUCCUAAGGUGGUUAAUUUGCUCCAGCCCCGGAUCACUCAGUUCCCAGGCCAAAGGAUGGUCCUGAAGCCAGUCCGGUCAUCAGCGGGUGUCCAGUAUUACCGAAAACCUGACGGAGCCUUGGUCCAGCUGAUUACCUCUAACCUGCCGAGGUCUGGCAAUCCUCCAGCAACCGUACCUGGAGGAGACCGUUCUGCUUCCUGCGCCCAGCUGCCUCCUGUAGCCGCGGUGAAGAGGCCGGCUCUGACCAACCUGUCCUCUUCGUCCUCUGUGGUUUUACCUUUACCGUCUCCAGGAGCCUCGUCUUCCUCCUCCAACCCCCCCAUACCGCCAUCCGUUUUUCUGUCCCCGCAGAACACCUGCACGUUUAGGAUCGUCCCCCCCCACCGGGUCAAGGACCCCAUCUUUAUCCAGCUCCCUUUCCUGCCCCCCACCCAAAUAGUGGGAUCAGAACGUGGCAUCAUACAGCUCCAGGGCCCCAGCCAACCUGUGAACUACACUCCCCCAGACCCUCUGGUGUGUGAAAAAAAGGACAUUCCAGUUGAGCGCCACAACGAUUCACCACAAACCCUGCUGACCGUCCAGACUGCCGAUCACAGGGGGGCCUCACCUCCGACGCGGUCCCCCCCGCCUGAGCCCACCCUGGACUGUCUCGGCCCUAAAGAGGAGUUUGCCUUUGACCCCAUGGACCUGAACGUCGUGUUUGUGGACGAAGUGGUGGACUUGGUGUCCAGCAGCGAGACGGAGGACUCGUCCGACUUCAGGGAGUCUGACAGCGAGGACGAGAAGAAUCAGAAUGCAAAGCGCUCUAAAGGAGACCUGAAGAAGAAGAAAAAGCAGCUGAGGAGUCGUGAUGAAAACCAGUCAGUUCUGCCUCCAACAGCAGCGGGUCAGGCUGCAGCUGCCAGGACGGAAGUCCAGAGUCUGAUUUACAUCUCAUCUGAGGAGGAAAGCCCCAAGAGGAAAACCGUCACUAAUGGUGCUGCUGCAGCUGCAGCUGGUGAGCUGACAGGUGAUGGCCAGCUGGGAACCGGUCUGCAGGAGGCUUGGAGCGGUACUUUGGAAAACCUGGAGAGGAACAGUGGAUGUGAAGCGGUUCAGCAGCAGAUGGAGAUGACCAUUAAUUCAGACUUGGAAGCUGAAGGGGACUCCAGAAAUUCUCAAAGGACCCAGAUUAACGUUCAGCACCACGAAUCCAAUGCAAGUUGCAGAAAGCAUCGAGCCCAGAUGAAGCAGACGUUCCUCCAGUUGAAGAGGGAAGUGUUACCAGCCGAUGACAGCAUGUCCAGAACCUCCCUGCUGGAAAAGGCCGUGCAGGUGAUCCAGGAGCUGAGGAGCUGUGAGGAAGACCUGAAGAGGAAGAAAAGGAGCCUGGUGCGGAGACGGGAUGAGUUCCUGUCCAUUCUGGCUCCGUCAGCAGGUGAUGGCCAGCUGGGAACCGGUCUGCAGGAGGCUUGGAGCGGUACUUUGGAAAACCUGGAGGGGAACAGUGGAUGUGGAGUGGCACAGCAGCAGAUAGAGAUGACCAUUAAUUCAGACCUGGAAUCUGAAGUGGACUCUCCAAUCUCUCCAGGAACCGAGCAGCUUGGUCAGGCUCCUCAGGAGGUCCAGAAGCUUCCGACCGAGGCGGAGAGCCUGUGGUCCAAUCAGAGCUUGAAGAAGGAAGAUAAUAAAGACGCACACACUGAGGACGUCUGCAGCACACCAGGGACGGAGACGCUGCAGCACCUGCUGACCAAUCAAAAGCAGCCUGAGAUGGAGGGGAGGCAACAAACAACCAAUGACGUCCCAGUGGAGGGCGUCCUCUGUGUAGCCAUCCCUACAGGAGUCGCUGGCCCCCUGCAGGCCCCGCCCGCAGCCGUCCAGCUGCAGCCUCUCCGUCAGCCUGUCCUGCACGUGUCCGACGGCGCGCCGGCUCCUCCAGACACCAAACGGAUAAAGACCGUUCCAAACAUUCUGUCUCGCAGCAGGAACCGAGACUUGCCUCAGAAAAUGUCAGCUGAGAAGGCACCACCCAUGGAUAAAGUGCCGUUUGCCGCUCCUCCAGGAAGUACACCGCACCGAACCCAGGAGCUUCAGCCGCUGCUGGCUGCAGCUCCGCCUGCGUUUCUCCUGGUGUCUGCCGAACCCAGCCAGAUGGGCGUCCCCCUCCCCAGGCUGCCUCCUCAGGCUCUGGCCCUGCCCCCUCAGGGUCCAGCUCCGCCCCCUUGUGCUCCAGUCCCGCCCCCUGGUCUUCCUUACCCUCCCUUAGACAUCAGACAGUCUGACCCUGCUGGACAGAUGGCCAGACAGGACUCGGACAAUGAGAGCCUGUCGUCCCUCCUUAGCGAAAUAGUUUUUCUUAACCAGCAGACUGUUGCCACGGCUACUACAGCGGUGAUUGAUCCUCCGGUGGUGGGCGGAUCCGAGGAACAGAAGCAUGCCUCCGAGCACCCAGGGCCAAUUUUAGGGAACGCUAAUGAAGGUGUGCUGGCCCCGCCCCCUCUGCUGCACAUGAAGGUGGGAGGAGCCAAAGAGGCGAGACUAGGCAGUAAUAAUGAAGCAACAGUGGGAGGGGCUGGGGCCGUGGGCGUGGCCUGGAGGCCCAUGCCUAGGCUGGUUCCUCUGGGGCUGAGGGGAAACUCCCCCAGCUGACUUCACGUCAUCCGGGCAACGACCGGGAACGACUAGAAAUGGAUUUUCUUUCUGCUCCCGAAGCCGAAUCAGAUGGAUUGAUUCAGCACGGCUCUGAUUUUUCUAUUUGAUCUCUCACAAUCGCCGAGUUCUGCGGUAAAGCUGCAACUUUUCUGCUUUAGACUUUGUGGACUGAGAUGACGUCAGUCGUCCUGGAGCAGAGCAGAGAGGAGCUGAUCUGCUGAUCUCCACACAUUUUGGUUUUCAUCCUUCGAUAGACAGAGAAAUCCACAUGAACUAUUCAACAACCUUUCAUCGUGCAGAUGUUGCCACCCAAGAAAGUCUCAGCAUAACCAGGUGCAGCAGCCUUCGUUAGCAGAAUGAAAGGUGUUAAAGGAAAAAGAUGGAUGCUUCAAAAUCAGACAGCAGAAACCUGGACUGGUUCAGAAUCAUCACUCAUAAAAAAAACAAA